UUACUGAUACUACUGAAAAAUCAACGACAUAUACCUUGCUAUUGAGUGUCAUGCACAAAACACACCGUGACCUUUCAGUGUUAGCCUCCGCGUGUCAUCUCCAGUUCUUGUAUGCGGAUAUGCGCUCCGGCUAGACGUAAGGCUCUGACCUCCAAUAUAAUGCGGGGAUUACCGACACUGGAGUGGAAGUAACCGCCUAAUCGGGAUUCAGGAUACAUGCCGUUAGAUACAAGGUGACGCCCAUUUCCCCACAGAUAGCACCUGUCAACAUAUCCAGCUCAUACGCUCUGUAUAUUGUAUCCACCUCCCAGCUACUUUAAUACUCCCACUGCUACACAACUACUUCAUCCUAGCUAUCACAAACGCCAUGGUCUUCUCUACCCGAAUUUCGAUCAAGUGGUCAGACAAUAAGCCGUCGGAAAACACAUCUACAGUGGUGAUGACUUCCCACAAGAAGGGAUUAUUUGUAGAUUUGCGUCCCUUUAGCCCUCUGUCCCUUGCCCCAAACCCAGACUUUCCAAUCGACUGGGCCAUGACUGGCCGAGAAGAGGACGCGGGGCCAAGUCGCACCAUCUUCCACCACCUUGUGGAUUCCAAGACAAUAUUCAAGCAGAUUGAGGCGCGGAGGAAGGGUUUACCAGCGCCAGAAACUAACGAUCAGGACUUGGGCGAGUUUUCGGAUAACGGAGACGGCGACAGGAAGGAAGUAGGAAAGAUGUUCAACGACAAGUCUGGGAUAAUCGAGCCAUACAUAGAAGUGUGGCGGUCGCUUGAUUCCUGUAACACCACUCCGUACAACUUUGGGUUCAUCAGAGAGGUGGAAAAGGAAAAGCGGACGCUGUUUGAGGUUCCAGAAUACUGUGGGGUAUUGCAAAUUGCGGCCAGCGAGGAUACUGAAUGGGAAGGAAUGAUCAUCCGCUUGGGGAACUGGAUUCAAGGGUUGGUUUAUAACAAACGGCCUGGAUUGCAGCAGCCGCUUUCUGCUGUCAGAGCCUGGCUUGACCCCCAGAAAGAUUGGCAGAUUGUUUUUAGAUACGGUAAGGACGCCCACGUUAUGCCCCUUAAUUUUGAGGGGUUGGAAGGUGACAGGAGCACUGUUGACGGGGUGUGCUGGACUUGCGUCGAGAGAUCUUAGUCAUAACCCUCAGAUUC